AUGUACACACUGACCACUGAGUCUCCUCCUGUCACUGCGUCUGGUCAGGUAGCUGCGUCGGGUCAGGUGUUUGCUGCAGCGUCCAGGCCUGGCCCUACCUGCGUCCCCUGUGUCGAGGGGUGGCAGCGGGCUGCCCCUCACUCCUCCGAGUUUCCUCCAACAGAGGCCCUGCUGCAGACGCUUCACAUGGACGUGUGGGGCCCGGCCCGCGUCCGUGGACAGGGUCACGAGCGCUACUUCCUGCUGGUAGUUGACGACUACUCGCGUUACACCACAGUCUUCCCCUUGCGCAGCAAGAGUGAUGUCACUGAGGUGUUGAUCGACUGGAUCCGCGCAGCUCGUCUCCAGCUCAGGCAUAGCUUCGGCUCGGACUUUCCUGUUUUGCGUCUGCACUCUGACCGAGGCGGAGAGUUCUCCUCUGGCCUUCUGCGAGCCUACUGUCGAGCACGAGGCAUCCGCCAGACCUUUACGCUUCCGGACUCUCCACAGCAAAAUGGGAUUGCUGAGCGUCGCAUUGGCAUGGUCAUGGACGUCGCCCGUACGUCCAUGAUGCAUGCGGCUGCCCCUCAUUUUCUGUGGCCGUUUGCGGUUCGGUACGCGGUGCAUCAGAUCAACCUUCACCCCAGGGUCUCCAUGCCGGAGACCUCUCCAGCUUUGCUGUGGACGGGGAAGGUUGGCGAUGCGUCUGCGUUUCGGGUCUGGGGAUCUCGGGCGUUUGUCCGUGACUUGUCUGCGGACAAGCUGUCCCCUCGUGCUGCUCCUUACGUCUUCCUUGGCUCCCCCCCUGACGCGCCAGGGUGGCAGUUCUACCACCCCACCUCUCGCCGUGUUCUGUCCUCCCAGGACGUCACGUUUGACGAGUCAGUCCCCUACUACCGCCUCUUCCCCUACCGCACCCCGUCCCUCCCCCCGCCACCGCUCUUCCUUGUGCCAGGUCCCCCCCUGGUAGACCCCCUUCCCCCUCAGGGUCCUGCCCCUUCAGGUGUGUCCCAGGUAGACGCAGUCGAGCUUGUCGAGGUUACUGGUGACUCUAGUGCUGCUGCGGGUGCUGAGCCUGGGGGUGCUGCCUCUUGGGGUGCUGAGCGUGUGGGUGCUACGCCUGGGGGUGCUGAGCCUACGGGUGCUACUACUGGGGGUGCUGGGCCUGGGGGUGCUGAGCCUGGGGGUGCUACGCCUGGGGGUGCUGAGCCUGGGGGUGCCACGUCUGGAGGUGCUGAGCCUGGGGGUGAGGAGCCUGCAGGAGCUGGGCCUACUUGUGUGGCGUCUGGCGGUGCUGGGCCUGGAGUUUCUCCGGGUGCUUCGUCUCGGCGGGAGCCACUCUUUCCACAGGAGCUGCGCGAGUGGUUUGCCCGGCGCUGGAGGCGUGCUGCUGGAGCUGGAGUUUCUUCGGCAGCUGAGGGUGCUGGUGCCGCGGGUCCCGGAGGUGCUCGUACUGGGAGUACUGGAGCUGCUGGGCCUGCGGGUACGACUGGAGCUGGAGCUGCUGAGGGUGUUGGCACUGAGGCUACUGCUGUCGGUCUUGGAGGCGGUCCUACUGGGGGUGCUACUGGUGCUGCUGGGGGUACUGGAGCUGGAGGUGCUGUUGGCGCUGGUGCUGCCGCUGGGGGUGCUGGUGCUGUCCCUGCUGUGUACGGAGUCGCCGCGCGGCCUCGGCCGUACUUCGUUCCGCUCCUUCAGCAGGUUCUUGGUCUCCCGCCUUCCCCUGGUCCUCCUCCUCCCUUAGAGUGUCCACAGCCUGUCCCGUCCCGGUUACAGUUACAGCCGGCCUCCCCACUGCCUGCUCCUUCUCCCUACACUGGUCCUACUGGAGGUAUUGCUGAGCGUCGUGAGCCUGCGUCUCGCCCUGCGUCGCCUGUCUGUGCUGCUCGCACUAGUGGUCGCGGUUCGCGUCAGCGUCCUCCUCCUGUCCCUGGCACGCAUUAA